GAAUCGGCCGAACUGCUUCCUUCGAGUAAUUUCUGCUAACAUGACAGAGAGAGCUACACUCAACGGGAAAAUAAACAAUGAAAAAUAACUAAAAAGUAAGCAUAUAAUAUAAGUUUCUCAGUGCCUUCCAUAGGUUUAUUUCCUUUCCUGCAACAGCAAAUGGCAACCACUCAAGUUUCUCACUUAUCAAUCAAUCCAAGCGCAUCACCCCAGUUCUCAGUAGUGUCUAAAAAUCCCAUAUUUGUAUCAGUUUCAACUUUUGGAGGCCGAAAAUUCAAAAUUUGUGGUUCUUUUUUCCGACCACCAAGAUCAAAAAAUAUAAUUUUGAACCAGGUUACAGGGACUGCAGAUUUAACAGAAGCAGUAGCAGAAAAUGAGAAUCAGAAUCCCCCAAUAUUCAAUGUUCCUCUUCUAUCUGAUCUCCAGGUUAUGGAAGUGCUUAGGGAGAACCAGAAAUGCAGAAACAGCAAGCAGAACUUCUUGGCUAUGUACUCCAGCGUUUUUGGGGGUAUAACAGUUGAUCCCUCUAUGAUGGUGAUUCCUAUGGAUGAUCACAUGGUCCAUAGAGGACAUGGUGUUUUUGACACCGCAGCUAUAGUUAAUGGGUACGUAUACGAACUAGACCAACACAUUGACCGUUUCUUAAAAUCAGCAUCCAUGGCAAAGAUUGAGCCUCCAUUUGAUGGCUCCACCAUUCGAAACAUCCUUAUACAAACCGUAAGCACCUCUAAAUGCAGGCAAGGAUCGCUUCGAUAUUGGCUCUCUUCAGGCCCUGGAGACUUUUUUCUCACUCCCUCUAACUACAUGAAACCUUCUCUCUAUGCCAUAGUGAUCCAAUACCUGAAUCCACCUGAUAGAAGUGGUGUUAAGGUCUUUACGUCCUCAAUUCCUAUAAAAUCUCCACAAUUUGCAGUCAUGAAGAGUGUGAAUUAUCUUCCAAAUGUUCUUUCAAAGAUGGAGGCUGAAGAGAGAGGUGGGUUUGUUGCUAUUUGGCUGGACAAUGAAGGAUUUGUAGCUGAAGGUCCAAACAUGAAUGUGGCUUUUGUUACAGAAGGGAAAGAACUUAUUAUGCCUUCUUUUGAGAAGAUACUUGGUGGGUGUACUGCAAAGAGAGUGUUGGUUCUUGCUGAGAGUUUAGUGAGAGAAGGGACUCUACAAGGGAUCAGAGUGGGGAAUAUAACAGUGGAAGAAGGGAAGAAAGCUGCAGAGAUGAUGCUUAUUGGGAGUGGGCUUCCUAUAUCCUCUGUUACACAUUGGGAUGACCAAGUUAUAGGAGAUGGUAAGGAAGGCCCUGUGGCCCAAGCUCUUCUUGACCUAUUGUUAGAGGACAUGAAAUCCGGUCCACCAAAUGUCAGAGUUCCAGUUCCUUACUAAGCGUGUUGAUUGAUAAUUUAAUAUCAAAAGUUUGAUCAUUUUAAAAUAUAUCAAUAUGGAGAUCAACAUAAAUAAAUGAGUGAAAUCUAAUGGAAAAACUUGGCUUCUGGUAAGUGAUCUAAACAUGUAUAUCUGUAUAAACAAAGAUGAAUAACUUCAAUUGGGAUUGUUUAAGAAAGUGGAAUGUGUGGAUUAAUGUCA